UAUUUCUCACUGCUCAAAAUGAAAAAUGGCGUCAUUUUGUUGGGAAGGUAAACAAUGUAUUUUUCAGGUGAAUAAACUUCUUCGUAGAAUGUACUGAUCGAGUUCUAGUUACCAUGGUUAAUUGAUUACAGAACUGGUCAUACAAAAUGACAUCCCCAAUUAAGCAAGUGGAUCCUUUUGUCAUGCAGUAUACUUCUCAUGACACAGACACACUUGUAAACAAAGCCACAAAUGGAGUUAGAAGUAAUAAAUAUAAAGCUGUUGAUUAUGACAAGUUACGACUACUUGCUGCUGAGAAAAAGUUUGCAGCUCAUAAGUCUCUCCUUAAGGUGAAGAAAAUAGAACAAUUGUCUAAACAAACCAAGGAAAAUAAUCUUCUUAAACAACAUAAACUUGUGUGGAAUAAAGAACUGAUACGACUUAACAAUUUACGUAAAAGGCUACAAUCAGACAUUGAUGUUCAUAGAGGAGUUAACCUGACUCCAGGAAAUACAUGCUGUUCAUUAUUUGAAGAUUUUGAAGACUUUGAAGCAUCAUUAGAUGUAGAGUUUGCCAAGUUUAAAGCAAGCACCACACAACCAGUAUGGAAUCUAAGAGAAGAUCUGCAGUAUUGGCUACAGGAAAAUAUGGAAGAUUUACGAAUGGGCUCUCCUGACACUGUACAAAAGCAUAAUGAAAUUCAGUGUACCAUUGAUAAUGUAAAAGGUCAACAAAAAAAGGUGCUGGAAAAGUUACAUCAUCAACAGAUUUGUUUAGAACAGGAACUAGGAAUGGGAUUUCUUGGUACAAUAACUCAAAAUGAAGAUAGUCAAAAGGUUCAUGUAGAAAGUGGUAUUCCAGAGGAAGCAUAUGAUCUUGAAUGUUCAGACUUUGAUCUCAAAGUCUCAGUCUUACAGGAGUUUAUUAUCAUGGAUGAAAAGUUCAGAGAAAGGUUAAAAUAUCUUGAAGAGGAACAUUCUAAAAUUUUAAAGUUAGGAAGGAAUGGUGGCUGGUCAGAUGAUGACCACUAUAUAUUCACUGUGAUAUAUGAGCAGUACCCUCAUGAGAUGAAGAAUAGACGGAAAAUGAUCAUCGACAGAUUACAGCGACAUCUACCAAAGAAACUCAGAGCUGAUUUGGUGUCACAUGAAGAAUGGUGUGAUUCUAACAAAUAUUUUCGUGAACGAAAGAAAGCUUUAAUGGUGGCUUGGCAGAAAGGAAGAUCAGCCUUGUAUCACAAAGCCGAGUCAAUUUUCACUGAGGCAGAGAUGGCUGCUCAAUUAGAGGAAGUUAAAGCAGAGUAUAAUCGUAAACAAAGACAAGUGAGAGAAGUCCUACACGAAAAGAUUCGCAAUUUUAGGGAACAGCAAAUGGAAGCUUUGAUAAUUCAACAUAAAAUGGAAUCUGAAAAACUUCAAGCUGUUAGAGAAAGACUUAAAAUGGAAGCAGAAUUAGAGACAAAGAAAAGAACUCAUGAGAAAGAACAAGUAGCCAAGUUUCAUGAAGAAAUUGAAAAGAAACAACAAAAACAGUCAGAGAAAGAUCAAAAAAGAUAUGACGAGUUACAGGCACAACUUGCUGAACAAGCAAAAUUUGAUCAAGAAAGGAUUAAAUAUAGAGCAGAACAAUUAGAUGCAAAAAUUGAGGAAAGAAAGUACUUAAAAGAAGAAAAAAGGCAAGCAGAAAUAGAAAAAGAAGAAAGACUUGAGGCCUUAAGAGAGCAGGUACGGGUUGUAGCAGAAAGUGAUCCACACAGAAUAUUACAAGAAACAGAGGCAUGGCAAAAUAGGUAUGCAGAAAAUGAAGAUGACAUUGACAUACAGAAGCCAUUAUUUAAUGUCAUAGGGUUUACAUCUAAACAGAUAACAUCAGAUCCACGUAUGAAGUUAGAAGCCAGAUUAAGGGAUGCUGGAUUGCAUAACACAGAUUAUGCUCGUCAGAUUAUGUCUAAAGUUCAACCUCCCCAACCACCGAGGAGAGAUAUGGAAUCAACAGUGUUUAAAAAGACUUGAACAUUACAUGAAAAAAUUUAACUUCAAUGUUGGGAAAUGAAUCAGCAAAUUUUUAACAAAAAUGUUAGCUGUAAACUUUUUCCUUUCAAGUGACAUGCAGUGAAUGACUCAAAACAGACACAAACAAUGAAGUUGUAAAGGAGCAAACUAAAUAUGUAUUUAUAUAUGUAUGCAAUUCUUGAAAGAUUUUCUGACGUAUUGCUUUGAUGUUUUGUUGAAAUACAAUUUUCAAGAAAACAUCUUCAUGAUACUCACAUUUAAUGAUUUAUACCUUUUAAAUUGUUCUUAGAAAAAUUUCAUGUGCUUGAAUGUCUUGCCAUAGAACCAUUAAUGACUUUUGAUUAAUGAAUUGGUGCAGUGUAGAACAUACUUGAUUAAGAAGAAACUGUGAUCUUGAAUAAUCAUAAAUAUUUAAUUAUAGCUAAUAAAGAUUAUUUGGGUGUCUGCCAAUUUGAAUUGGA